GAUCUCUGAGUCAAAGCGGAACUUUUAUUUUCAUUUGUAAAGAAACGCAAAGAGACAAAUAGUAACAACAUUAAUAAUAUCAGUCUCUGGAUGAACGGACCAAUCAAAUGCGACUUCCUGUGUUUCAGUUCUCCAAUCACAUACACAGUUUCAGCGCGAGUAAGGACUAAAACUAAAACCGAAAUUGUGUGUGUUUUCUCCCUCAGUCAUGCCAGUGUGUGAUAUCUGCAGUGAGGAGCUAAGUUGUGACUCGGAGCUGAAGACUCACCUGCUCCUGACUCACCUGGAGAAUGAGGUCACGUGUCCUCUCUGCUCGCUCUCAGGUGUCACUUACUCCGAGCUGAACUUCCACAUUUCCACAGCACACAGUGAGAUGGGCAGUGAAAACUCACCUGUUACAACAGAACUACAGCAUCCAGAGUGUGAUUUGGAGACAGGAGCAUCUGUGUCCUGGUCCCCAGAAUGUAAUAUUGGAGCAAAAAAGCGGAAUUUUAGACCUGCAGGAAAAACCAGCAACCUUGAUGGAACACAUGAAAAGACACAAGAAGACAAGAUGGAGCCCUUCCACAGACACCUAAACUCCCUGAGCAGAGGCAGGACGUUCUCUUGUCCACUGUGUAAUCUGGUCUGCUCCGACUGCUUAAUGCUGCAGGAACAUGUGGAGCUCCAUUUUCAGGACCAUGCUGUUUCUGAUGGAGCUGUUUUUGUGUGUCCCAUGUGUGAGGUGGUGUGUGAUGACAGCUGGUCUUUGCAGGAACAUGUGGAGCUUCACCUGCAAUGUAGUCAUGCAGAUAUUGAUGGAGAUCUACAAUUUGCUCAGAAGCUGCAGGAGGAAGAGGAGCAUCAGAGAAAGCAGGAAGAGGCUAAACGUGAGGCCGAGGAGUUCACACAGCUGCAGAGGCAGUUUGGGCUGGAUAAUGGUGGUGGAUAUCAUAAGCAGAUGGAGAGGAGCCUGGAGCGAGCUGUGUCCCGAGGUCACAUGAGUCCAGCUGAGUUUCACAUGAAGCGAGUGGAGAUGAUGGAGACUCUGGGCUCAGGAUUGGAUGAAGGCCAGACUCGAACCACAGGUUCUAAAACCUCGAAUAAACUUCAGCUGAAAAGUUUGCUGUCAGCGAUGUAUAAUUUUUACCAGCGUGGGAUUCAGGAAGGGGCCCGUGUCUGGCUGUGUUCUGAAUCAGAACACUUUUCCUCUUCAGAUGGAGACCGAGGCUGGGGCUGCGGCUACAGAAACUUCCAAAUGCUUCUGUCUUCAUUACAGAGAUUGGAACAGUACUCCAUUCUACACACCUUGCCAGACUCAUUUCCCAGCAUCCCACGGGUGCAGGCUCUCAUUGAAGCAGCAUGGGCAGAAGGCAUUGAUCCACAGGGUGCAUCUCAAUUUAACGGGAGACUGAGGGGCACUCGUGCCUGGAUAGGGGCUACAGAGAUCUAUUCUGUACUCACCUCCCUCCAACUGAGGGCACGCAUCAUAGACUUCCACCAGCCCACCGGUCCAGGUGACACCCACCCUCGACUGUUCCAGUGGGUAAAGAAUUAUUUCUCCUUUUUGACUACCACAGGUGGCAGAGUUCCACCCAAAGUAGUAAAAACGAACCUGCCACCGAUCUACCUUCAACAUCAAGGUCACAGUCGAUCCAUAGUUGGUCUGGAGGAGAGGAGGAAUGGCAGUAUAUGUAUGCUAUUGUUUGAUCCAGGAUGCUCUCCAGCUGACAUGAGAAAAAUUCUAGGUCCAAACACAAGUUCCAACCACCUUAAUAGGCUGCGAAAAUUCCCAACCCACCUCAAACACCAACAAUACCAAGUAGUGGUGGUGGAAGGAGUGCUGUCCAAAGAGGAGAAACAGGAGCGUGUUGUUAGUUCAAGGACAUUUCAUGCUGAAAGAAUUCCCUGAUGUCUCUGUACAAAUAAGUGUGUUUAAAUGAACCAUUGUGAACUUUGUGUGUUUGUGUGAGUUAAUUAGAUAAGAUAAUAAACUUAAACUUUUUUAACAUUA